CUUGUGGCGUCAAUGCGCCCGCAGUGUCCAUGGAGAGAGGCUGAGGUGGCCGAGUUCCGGCCCGAGGUAUCGGGGCGCCGGGAGGGCGAGGAUGUCGGCUUCGUUAGUCCGGGCCACUGUCCGGGCUGUGAGCAAGAGGAAGCUGCAGCCCACCCGGGCCGCCCUCACCCUGACUCUGCUUCAGCAUCUUCAUCUGGCCAAGCCCCAACCAGACAGGGUGAAAGAGCACACUCGGGCCAUCCAUCAGACACCUUCAGCAGUAAACAAGAUAAAACAGCUUCUUAAAGAUAAGCCUGAACACGUUGGUGUGAAAGUUGGUGUCCGAACCAGGGGUUGUAAUGGCCUUUCCUACACUCUGGAAUAUACAAAGACAAAAGGAGACUCUGAUGAGGAAGUUGUUCAAGAUGGAGUCAGAGUGUUCAUCGAGAAGAAAGCACAGCUAACACUUUUAGGAACAGAAAUGGACUAUGUUGAAGACAAAUUAUCCAGUGAGUUUGUGUUCAAUAACCCAAACAUCAAAGGAACAUGUGGCUGUGGAGAAAGCUUUAAUAUUUGACUCCUCAGGACUGCUCGGGCUGUAGGCCCCAGGAGAGCUGUGGAAGCUCUACGGCUUAUUGAAGAAGUCAUAGGACUGUCGCAUGCUUAAGGUUUGUAACAUAUGGCUGCCUUACAAGGAAAAUAAAGUGAUGCAUUUGAAAAUGAA